GGAGAGAGGGGAUGAGCCAGAGUUAAAGGGUCCCAGCAGCGUGAUCAUCUUGUUUGUGUAUUUUCCUGCAUUUUAAAUCCCCAUAAAUCAGCCAAAACCCCCUCAUUCUACGGUGGGAGUAAUUAGGAACAGAAGCAAUCAAUGGGGAUUGAUUCGAUGAGUCAAUGAACUAAUUUCCUGGACACGUUUGGAGGUCAAGUAGUGAAUAUUGGCAGAAUCAGGCGUAACGGCCGUUGGGAUUUUCAUUUCUGAGUCCAAUUGUUGUGGGACUUGUCUCGCUUUUGUUCUGGAAAUGGGCAAUUUCUCGAGCAAAAUAUUCCCUGAAUCGGGGAAUGACGGAAAGUCGAGUGUCAACAUGCAGGUGAAGAUGAGUACUAUUGAGAAGAAUCAGAUGUGCACGCCUGUGAUGUCCAAGAAAGUGUCAAAUGACCCUAGGUCGGCCACUGCAGGCAUCACGAGGACACCCAUCGAGAUUGCCUCGACACCCCCGAGAGCUCAAAAGAAAGUCGCCAGUGCCAUUCCUAAGUACCUUCGUGUCAAGCAGUACUUGGAGACCAAUUUGGAUCUGAUUCUGCCUGCAAUUACUCCUGAGAAGAGAGUCCCUGACCCGAGGUCUCCAAAUGUCAAUCACGAACGCACUCCAAUUAUGGUGAAAUCGACAUCCGGAUACAUAAGCCCAAUAGUAAUGGUUCAAGAGGGUCCAGACAUGUUGACCCCGGACGCCUUCGACCCCCGUUCCCCAGCCACAAUCUUCGACAGAACCCCCGUCUCUCGUUCUAAGUCUUUUCAUCCCUCUCCAGAACAAUCAACCUCCACCGACACGACCAGCAAAAUAUCCUACUGCGAAACAACAGAUGAAUUCAACAUCCCCGAGAUCCAAACAGUCCCCACGAUUCCCACAAUCAUUCUGACAGCGUCGAAGAACCUUGAGGAGUGCAUGCGAGCCUGUGACUUGGAUAAUUCAGACCGAAAUGAGGAUGACGCCCACGAUGAGACCGCUACUUCAGAGGAGAGUGAAUCAGAGAGUCAGAUAACAGUGAUUUCAAACGUCAGAGGAAUCCCAGAACUCGAGGAAGGAGAUGUGAAAGAUAAAUCCUCCGAAGAGGCGCCCCAAGUCACUCCCAACCCCUGGAAAAUGCCCCAAAAGCCAUCCACAGCAGGUGAAAAAGGGCUAAUUCGAGUCUGGAGGGACUCAGUGUCUCCCCUCCCUCGAGUAGACCUCCAGGAAGUCCCCAGGGAAGGCUCCACUCGUCCUGAAGAGGUUAUGAUAGAGUUUGAUGAUGAAACAGUUGUGAAAUCGUCGCAGUGUGACUCCAGCAAGCCAAUCAUCAGGGUAGACGACAAGUUGAGUGUUCAGAUGGUCAAUAAACACAUCAAGACAACCAAGAAGGAGGUAAAGGGCGUCUUCGAGGAGAUCAGCAUCGAGGGAGGCAAGAGCAGGCCCCCCUUAGCCUGCAGGUCGAAUCAUAAAUCAGGUGUUCCCAGCAAGUCUCCACAGCAAGUGCUCAGGACGAAAGGACUCUCCACCAAGCCUGGGCAGCAGGAGAACACUCCACCUAACGUAAAGAGGAUUAGGACCAGGGUCAAAGGGAAUGGAACUCAGUGGGAUCCUGACAUGACUGUCGUCAUUUAAAUUUAGAGUGGGGGAGAGAUUUGAAAUUUUUUUGAGUGUUUUUUAGGGUCUUUGACAAUUAAGAAAAUUAAUUAAUUAAUUUUUUCGAUUCCAAAAACUAAUUAAAUAAAAAUAAGUUCAUUAAUUAAUUGAUCCUUGCAGUUUUCAAACAAAAAAAAUCAUUGGAGGAUUGAUUUAUUAAUUAAUUGACCCUUCAAAUUAUUUAAGUAAUUUGUGGUACUGGAGAAUUUUCUAGGGAGUAAUUAGUGCCACUGUGUGACUGAAUUUAUACUUUUAAAUUGCAAACGUUGUAGGGAUGUAAUUUGAACAGCAUUAUUCAUACUUUUAAUGCAGUCCUCGUAUGCUUAGGGGAGGAUUUUGUUUUUAUUUUCUGUCUUUUGAAUAAAUGAGUGUAAAAAAUUUUUGAUAAAAUAA